CAGAUUCAUUCCCACAAUGCCUAGUAACACGCAGGCGCACUGUAAAAGAAAAAAAAAAAAAAUAAGACAGCUAUCUGUGAUCAGAGAUGGCGGGCGCCUCCGACCCCCUGGAAGAUAUGCUGUUUUCAGAGGUGGACGAAAAAGCUGUGAGCGACCUAGUGGGCUCACUGGAGUCACAGCUCGCUGGCCAAAGCAACCUAGCAGGCAAAACAGACGAGAACGGAGGCGCUGGCUCGGUGGCCCACGCUAACCAUCACUUAGGAAAAACGCUACCAGCUCCAGUGGGCACAACAACACUAGAACAACAACAACAAGGACGGCGUAAUAAACCCGAGAUGCUCCCCGAGAUCAACUCAAAAGACGCUAGCCCGUAUACAACUGUCACGUCUCCUUCUCCGGACUCUAAGCCUUUCUUUGGCGAGCCGUCGGUCGCUUCGGCUGCCUGCGCGAACGCCACCAGCACCAGCGGCUCGCUAUCACAUGGAGCAUCCAUCACAACAUUGACUGCACCUUGCGUGUCAACUUUGGCGUCCGCGCCGGCCAGCAUCAGCACCACAUCCAGCCGGGGGUCUAAGGGCAGCCCGGGCUCGUGUGGGACGUCGGUGGAAGAAGCUAACCCGCCGAGGAAACGCAUAAGCGCGCCGCGGAGGAGCGCCUCGGCUCGGAUAAAGAGUUUGAACGGUGCGGCGGUAACGACGAGGAGAAACAGCAACUGCACGGCGGCGGCUGAGAACGUGAGCUCCGUGGAUACCGGCGCGUCGCCGCCGGACUCCGCUCAACCGGCGACGUCCUCUAUCAACACUUCGACUUUCACCCUAACGAACGCCAACCUCCACGCGGGUCAGUCGGCUAUAGCUCUGGACCGGGGGACUCCCACCAUUGCGUUGCACAGACUCCCGAGUCACAUUGUAGCGAGCAUAGCCCAGAACGGCAGCGGGACCAGUGUUUCGGCCUUGGUCCAGCAGGGCGCUCGCGUAGGACCCACCACCACCACCUCACCCUCGGCUUCACAGGGGAACCACAGCACCGGGGCUUCCAAAACAGACGAUUGUCAGUCCAACAUUGUAAUGUCAAGCCAGUCUGGUAGUGUCAACUCUGUAAUAAACACUGUCCCCACUGUCAGGCCAACGACAACCACAGCAGCAGCAGCGGCGGCCACAACGGUGACCCAGCCUUCGAGCUCCGCCACGGCCGCUGCUUGUGUCGCAGCAGCAGGUGCGGCGGCGAGUUCCGCGUGUGGAAGCGGUCUGACCACGUCGGUGACGACCGCUGUCAGCGUGGUCAGGCCCACGCUGCCCUCCGCAACGCCCGCCGCGGCCACCGCCGCGCAGACUCAACCCCGUCCUGGACUUCCAGCAGCACCUCAGAGGAUGGUGGCCCCCCAGCUGAUCGUCAGACCACCUCAGCAGCAGACGACCAUCCAGCUGCCCCCAGGGUUCACCAUCCCACCGGGGAUGGUGUUGGUGCGCACAGAGCUGGGCCAGCUAGUGAUGGUUCCUCAGCAGGCUUUGGCUCAGGCUCAGGCCCAGGCCCAGGCGCAGGCCCAGAACAACGUCACUCCACGACCUGCCACCCCCACGACAGGAGCAUCCUUCAGAGUGACCACUCCUCAGUCUUCCGCGACCUCUCAGACCACCAGGCAGUGCCCUUUGACCCCGGCCAAGAUGGUACCGUCGCCCUCUCCCACCCAGUCCAGCCCUGCCCUCCAGACUUCUUCCUCUUCUUCUUCCUCUUCUUCCUCCUCCUCCUGUCCUGCACUCCGCCCAAAGGUCCCCGCGGCGCCGGCCGUGGCAGUGGCGGCUCCGCAGCAGGCCCCCGUGGUGGCGGUGGCCCCCCAAGCCCCGGCCCAGGCAGCCUCCCAGCCGACGCAGCCUCCUCAGACGGGCAUCGCCGCGAACCCCGGAGGUCCCAUCGUGUCCCAGGAAAUGCAGGAGAAUGUCAAGAAGUGCAAGAAUUUCCUGGCCACGCUCAUCAAGCUGGCGUCCCACAACUCUCCGUCCCCCGAGACCUCCAAGAACGUCAAGUCUCUGGUUCAGGACCUGCUGGAUGCCAAGAUCGACCCGGAGGAGUUCACCAGCCGGCUGCAGACUGAGCUCAAGUCGUCUCCGCAGCCGUACCUGGUGCCCUUUCUCAAGAAGAGCCUCCCGGCCCUGAGGCUGUCCCUGCUGAGCAGUCAGCACAUCCCGACCCCGCAGCAGGGAGUCAAACUGGCGCCCGGCGGCCCCCCUCCCGCCGUCGCGGCCGGGCCAGCUGUCCACGUACGCCACCCCAACAGCGUCACGACGGGUGGCGGCGCGCCGCCCGCCGGGACGCUGGGACAUGCAGCUGGCGUGGGUAUCAAGACAGCAGGCACCGUCGUCGGGGGCCACGUCCGGAUGCCCGUGGUGAUCACGCAGUCCGUCAGAACGCAAGGCACAAUGGGGAAGGGAGGCCUCAUCCAAGCGGGCAAAAGUCCCGCAGGCCUGGCUGCUGUUCAGAUCUCUGGGAAUCAGAAAAACAAGCUCAACGACCCUGGAGGAGGUUCUUUCAGGGACGAUGACGACAUCAACGACGUGGCCUCCAUGGCCGGGGUGAACCUGAACGAGGAGAGCGCGAGAAUACUUGCCACCAACUCUGAGCUAGUGGGAACGCACAUCCGCUCGUGCAAAGAUGAGGCCUUUCUCCAUCCGGGCCUGCUCCAUCGACGAAUUCUGGAAACGGCCAAGAAGUUCGGAGUCACAGAGGUCCCAAUGGAGGCGGUGACAUUCAUCUCACACGCCGCGCAGUCGCGACUUCGAACCGUGGUAGAAAAGGUUUCUACCAUCGCGCAGCACCGACUGGACUCCUGUAAGGACGACGAGUGCUACGAGCAGUCGGCAGACGUUCGCUCUCAGCUGCGCUUCUUCGAGCAGCUGGAGAGAAUGGAGAAGCAGAGGAAGGACGAGCAGGAGAGGGAGAUCCUGUUGAAAGCAGCGAAAAGUCGCUCCAGGCAAGAGGACCCAGAGCAAGCUCGACUGAAACAGAAAGCCAAGGAGAUGCAGCAACAGGAACUGGCGCAGAUGAGGCAGCGAGACGCCAACCUCACAGCACUAGCAGCCAUUGGACCCCGCAAGAAGCGUAAAGUGGAUUCACCGGGGACAACCCCAUCAGGGACCGAGGUUUCAGGCAGCUCGGCGGGCUCCCCGGCCAGCUCCUCCAGCCCGUCCACCUCAUCUCGGCAGUACGCGCGGCAACGCAUCACCCGCGUCAACCUCAGGGACAUCAUUUUCUACAUGGAGCAGGAGAGAGAGACUGCCCACUCCCUCCUCCUCUACCGCGCCCUGCUCAAGUAGCCUCCGCUCCGCUCAGCGCCCGACCUCAGCCUCCUCUUCCUCCUCCUUCCCAGCCACGUGCCUUCAGAUCAGGUCUAAUGUUUCAGUUCUGUGUCUCCAUAUGUACUGUAGUGACGUUUGAUGUAACUUUUAAUAAGAAGAGAUUGAGAGAGAGAGAAAGAGAUAGAAAAAAAAAAAAAGCGUACAAAAAUAAAACCGUUGCUCCGUGUCUUCUCUGUUUUAGGUUCUCGGUGUGUAGGCAGAUCGUGAGGCCACCUCGAAUUCUUUGUGUUGAAGUUGAAUUUGUUAAAGGAACAAAGUGGUUUUAGUGACCCACAACUCGUUCCACGUGUGUCGGGCAUCUAUUUAUUUGACAGUAUAGCUUCAAUGAACAAACCUCAACGUGAGAGAACUGUGUACGCAGCCUGCGAUGUGUGUUCUCCGAGAGCUGUUUGUUGAACCAGUUCAAUGAAUGUAGUUUAGCUGAACUCAGUAAACGAGCGAUUUCUGCACCGAGACAUCGUUUUGAAACAUUAGGAUUCCAAAUAACAGCAUCACGAUCAAUAUCCCCCACUGUACAUGUAAAUAGUUCUUAUUGAAUUAUUUGACAGCAUGUAUAUUUUUAUCGCACCGUAAGCUUUGUAGGAAAAGGAAUAACCCACGUGUCAUUGCAGUGUUUUGUAAAACCGCGUGAUUCGAAUGAGUCCGAAUCAGACGGUUUAUUCUAUUCACCCGUGAAUCCCCGUGACCUUUCUGCAAAGGUCACCAUACAAAAACAUGAAGCCAGUUUCUGAUUGGUCACCCUUGUCAGUAUUUCUUUCUUUCUUUUUUUACCCACGCAUACUGUGAACAUUGUUUUUAUGACUAGAUGUUUGUACGUCGCGUACCAUCACGCUCACCUCUACAAAAACCUCCGUGGUCUGUUUCGGUUGAUAUAUUUUGGGCGGGGUGGUGAGUGGGGAGAGUGAAACCUCGGAUCCAAACAUUCCUUCACCUUUUCACUCUCGCUGUCCAAUCUGCACAUUAAUGACGUUUCAAAGAAAAUGUUUCAGCUCUUUUCAGUUGAGCUGUUGGGCCCCGGAGCCCCCGUUAGCCCCCUAACCUACUUAGGUAAUGACUGAAUGAUAAAAAAGCACUUACCUGUUUGUAUUGUCAUCCCAAAUUGAAUAUCGCAGCUGUAACGUCAAGUAGAAGGAAGCAGUUGAUUUCAACCUAAAAUUUACUUCUACUUUUUUUUCCCAUCUUGUUUCUGUCUUUGUAUUUAUGUUGAAGAGAAGUAUGGGACAAAACGCCUGCUCUUUACAUGUCGCCUUGUUAUUUAGAUUUUUUUUUUUCUACAAAUCCUAAUUGUAUUGUGUAAGACUGUCCUUUAUGUCUUUUGUUUGUCUUUUUUCUAUUUAACUAAAUAUCUUGGUCUCUAUGCAGCUUUUCUUGUCACAUUGAAAUUUAUUUAAAUAUUGGUGACAUUUGAAACAAAUGUUGUGCAUUGUACAUUUUGACAGCACUUUUUUUUACAUCUAUUUUACCUGACGACUGAAAGCUGUCACUGUAUAAUAGCAGAGAAAUGAGUCUUUUAAGUAGUAAACGAAAUUGCCGACUUCCUGUCAAAUGACAGUUAUUUUUAACAGUGAAUACAUUUUAUUUUGUUUUAUUUUGGGAUUGGCUUUUAUGCUUUACACAUUUUCAUAAAUGUUAUCUCCAAACACCAUGUUUUAAAAACAAGCACAACAAUAUCUAUUGCAGUGAUUUCAAAUGAUUUUAUCAGUGAUUUUUAUGGUUUCAGAGGAGGACAUUUCUACUACUAUAGCUUUUUAGCCAAAAUAUUAGGACAAUAUUACUGAUGUAAACAGACGGGGAAAAUGGCAUUUCAAUGUAAGGGUGAUUUGUAAAUAUUGUUUACAGAACUAUGUGUUUAUUAGAACCACGUUAUUUUUGGUAAACUCUUGUACAUAUCUUGAAAAUUUUCUGUUUGUGUGAAAAAAAACAAUACUUAUGUAUUUGUACCUAUUUUGUAAAGGAAUAAAUACGCUGUUUACUAAACUGA